AUAUCAAUAAGAAGAGGUGGUUGAUAUAAACUUAUUAAAGUUUUAUAAGAUUACUAGAUUUUGAUAAUAAUUAUGCAUUAAUUAAUUCAUUAAACGAUUAUAAAUGUUAAUGACUUUAAAUUCAAAUUAUUUCAUUAUUUUAUAAUUUAUAAAUAUCCACAAUGGCGUCAACAAAUUUCCUAACAGUAAAAACUCAUCUCUCGGAGUUUAAAGGUAAUUCCGAUAAAGACACAAUGAGCGAGGCAUCCGAAAGUGGAACGAGCAAUUCCGUGACGUCAGCAGAAGACUUACAGAAAUUAGCAGUAAUACUUGGACUGAAUAGCGCUGAAGAUGUAUACCAGGAAAGAUUUCGAGUUGACAGGCGCCGAUUGGAAGCGAUGCUGGCUGACAAUUUGGAAGAAUCUCAAACUGCUCAAGCUUUUUUCCACAGAGUCAUGAAUGAAACAAAUACUUUAAUUAACUGGCCUGCCCGUCUUAAAAUUGGAGCGCGUUCAAAAAAAGAUCCUCACGUGCGUAUUGCCGGUCGACCUGAUGAUGUUAAGCUUGCAAGAGAGAAAAUUAUGCAAUUGCUGGAUACAAGAAGUAACCGUGUCACCAUGAAGAUCGACGUCAGCUACACGGACCACUCGCAUAUAAUCGGCAAGGGCGGUCUAACAAUAAAGCGCGUGAUGGAGGAAACCGGGUGCCACAUCCACUUCCCGGACUCGAACCGGACGAGCACGCAGGAGAAGAGCAACCAGGUGUCCAUCGCGGGCGACAUGGAGCGCGUGGAGCGCGCGCGCGCUCGCGUGCGGGCGCUAACGCCGCUGGUAUUCUGCUUCGAGCUGCCGAUCGUGGCGCCCUCCCAACCGCUGCCGGACAUCAACUCGCCCUACGUGCAGCAGAUACAGGAGCAGUACAACGUGCAGGUGAUGCUGCGCAACCGUCCCAAGCUGCACGCCAACCUGGUGGUGGUGAAGGGCGUGCAGUGGGAGGUGCUCGCCACCAUGGAGGCCACGGCGCUACUCAUGACCUACAUGUGCGGCCCGCUCGCGAGUCAAACCCAAGUCCAGAUGACGCUGGAGAUAUCGCCGAUGCACCACUCUGUUGUGGUGGGUCGUGGCGCGGAACAGCUGAAGGUCAUCAUGAAGGGCACCGGCACGCAGAUCAUGUUCCCCGACGCCGACGACCCCAACAUACCCGCUCUACGCAAGAGCUGUGUGACCAUCACCGGGCAGAUCAAAGACGUGUACGCCGCGAGACAGCAGCUGGUGGGCAGCCUCCCGCUGGUGGUGAUCUUCGACGUGUCUGAGGAGAACUGCCGCGUGGAGGGCGAGGCGGCGGCGCGGCUGAUGGCCAAGCACAACGUGUACAUCAGCGUGCGCCGCAAGCCCAAGCAGGGCAUCGCCUCCGUCGUCAUCAAGGGCAUCGAGCGCUGCGCCGGUGAUAUCUACGAGGCGCGCAGGGAAUUGCUUGGCGGGAAGGAACCAAACAUCACAGCGGAAAUACCUGAAUCCUACAAUAUUCCAUCCAUUACCAACACGAUGCCCAACUUUGGCGCGUUCAAUCCCUUCUCCCCGUCUCAUGCCAACAACAUCACCAACUCACCUUGCUCGCCUUACAAUCUUCAACUCAACGAGUUGGCGAAUUACGCCAACCUUGGUAGUCCGAUGUUUGGUCAUAAUCCUCCAACUCCUGGCGGGUACCCAACGCCCUUGUCUCCGGUGGCAAUGACGCCGCCAGUGUUUCCAAGUGGAUGGAUGGUGCCAAGCCCACAGCCUCGUCCUGGACAGUUCCACUUCCCGAACUUGACUCAAAACUCUGGUCCAGUUAUGUAUAAGAAUCACGGUUCUUGGCAUCCGCUUUCCGGCGCCCCAGAAAGCGGAGUAACACCGUGCCUUCAGCAUCCUCCAGACCACCACAGACACGUGUCGAUACUGAACUCCAGCUCGCAAGCUAGCAGCGGUUACCAAAGCAACUUCACCGGCAGCUCCGUGUCGCUCGAUGCCCAAAAUAUAUCUGGUAACACAAGAGGUGAUGGCAGCAACGUCGGCUCCCCCUCAGUGUCGCCCAUCAGCAAGACGCACAGUCCCACGCCGUGCUCGGAGAACGACCGCUCGCAACACGAGCUAGCGAACAUAAUCUCCGAGCUGCCAAUAUCUGAUCGUCGUGCUGUGGGCUGCGAGAAGAAGACCCUGGAGACCCUCACCAAAAUGUCGCCAUCCCCGCUGUCCGAAUACAGAAAGAUGCAGGCUGAAGCCAACAAGGCCAUGCGAGAGAACGUCGGCAGUGGUUACAGAGUACCAACAACCCGUUGGUCGGGUUUCUACUUCAGCCAUACAUCACCUGGACCUCUUAACUUGAGUGAUAAUGAAGGAAUGGUUACGCCUGAGAAAGGUCGGAACAGAAUGGAUCUAGUUCGUCCCAACAUAGUAGAAACGGCUCCGUCGCCGGCCGGUAACAAACCAUGCCGCUACCAGCAGUUGUAUGAACUGUUGAGGGAUAUCGGCCUGCAUAAAUAUAUUGAUUUAUUCAAGAAGCAUGAAUUAGACAUGUCUACGUUCGCGUCGCUAAAUGAAGCGGAUCUCACGGAGAUUGGUGUAACAGCCUUUGGCGCUCGCAGGAAGAUGCUGCUGGUCAUUGCGGAGCUGCAAAAACAGUCGAGCGCAUAUAAAGGUAACGUCCCAUCGACGGAGAGAAAAAUCAUCAAUUCGCCACCUCAAUAUAAUACGACUGCGCUGGCGCAGGACAAGUGGUAGAUCUACACAUGAUCUACAUUAUAAUGCUGCUUAUGAGACUGAAAAUAAUAUAUAAGUCUAUUAAAAAUGAACAGGUAAAAUUUUAUUAUGGGCGUAUGCGAUCAAUAUAAAAAGUUUAAAACAAAAUUAAAAAAUAUAUAUACAAGGUUUUUGAAAAUUAUUAUUAGGUGCAAUUGUCUAAAAGACGAAUAUUAAAUAAAGAAGCUUUUAGUUUCAUACGCAACAAUACAUUGUUAUCAUGUUAUAUUUAUUAUAAAAUAUUCUAAAUCCAGUAACGUCUAAUAUCAAAACUGUUUAUGACACAUGUUUUUCAACAAAUAAAUCUCGACAUCAACAGUUUUGAUACUUGACGCAACUGUAUGUAUAUCUUGCAAUCACAUCAAGCUCAAGACUAAUAAUUGACUAUAAGUUACCGUAACAUCAGUUACAAGUUGAUCUCGACGGUACAAAUCUCAAGACUGGUAGAAUGUAUCGAAAAUAAGAUUUAUGUGACAAUCGUGAGUAUGAGUUCUACAUUUUGUUAUUAGCAACAUUGAGAACAGUGACUGAUAUGAGCUUGUCUGUAUUGCGUUGAUUUUUUAUGAGAUUUAAAAAAAAAUAUGUAUUUUUAUAGCUCGAAGCGAUACGACAAUUUAGAUCUCUAUCAUAGAAUUCAUAGACAAGUUAAUUGUUGAAGUAAACCGGCAUAAUCGCCGUUAGUAUUAAGUUAUUAGUUAAAUUAAUCUAUAGUUAUUAUCGAGGGCAUGUUUUAUUUUAUGAUUUUUAACCCUUUUUUAUAUGCAUCUUAACAGAACAGGAUAUCCGGACUGAGUUUUUAUAUGAUCGUUUUAAAUCCACAUGCAGUUUUAAUUUUUGAUUUUAAUGUUACUUACAAAAAAGAAUACCGUUUUUGUUUUCGUAUUACUUUUAUCGAUUCUUGCCAAUUAUUAUCAAAUUCUUUUAUCAUCAUAUUUUGAAUAAUAUGUUUUAAUAAGACAAUUAAUAUUGGCGAUUGACAAAUUUAAUAUCAGCAUUGAAAAUUUAAAGGGAAUUGGACUGCAUUAUUUGACUUGAUUUUUUAAAUAGGACGCAUUUUAAACCAAAUAAUUCAGCGGUUACACGAGUGACGUCACACAUACAGUCACAGCUGAAACAUUUUAAUCGAUUAACAUAUAUUAUUCAAUCAUUGUGUUUGUGAUUUUUUUUACUUAAUAUUUUAUAAGUGCAUUUUGAUUUUAACCAUAUUAACAUGCUAAUUUAUUGAAUGCAGUGUCGUUAAAAUUCGUGUUUAGACUCUAGUAAUGUUUUGGUACAUAAUUAAUGCGAUAGUACAUUGUAAAACACCUAUACAACCAUGAAUUUAUGUAUCAAUCCAUGUACUUUUUAUAUAGUUCUCUUUUUAUAUGUAAUUUUUUUUUAAUCAUGAACUUGUGAUUAUGAUCAAUCGUUUUAAAGUAUGAUUAUGAGAUGUUUAGAAGACUAGUUUUACUAUGUAAGUGAUUAUGAAAUAAUAACUUUUAAUACUUAAUUGUAGGUGUUAUGUUUAUAAGGUCAUGCAUUCGCCCAUUUAUGUUUUUUAAUUUGUUUAAAGUUUAAAAGGAAGUUUUUGCACGAUUGUUUUUUAGUUUUG